UCACGGAGGUGCGGAAUGGCGAGGAAGAUGGCGGCGUCUGGCAGCACCGGUGGCCGCCCAGCCGCCGUUUACACUGCUCCACCGCAAAGCCGAGGCCGCCAGUUGGCUGGCCGGCGGCGGCGCGAAUGGUGGAAAUGGGUUAUCCCAGCGCGGCGUGCCAUGGAGGGACCCAGCAGUGCCGGUUCUCGUCCUUCCGGGAAAUCCUCUUCGGCCCUCGGAAGCGUCCAAUGAGACGUUGCCGACGGUCCGGCGGCCGGCACCUUGGGGCCCUUCGGCCGUCUGGAUCUGCCCUGCUUGGGAUUUGACUUUCAAAAGAGCCUCAAAGCCCGGCCAGUGCUCCACAAUUUCACUCCCGGACUGCUGUCGUGAUAUCAGAUCUGGCGAUGCGACGAACUUCACGAUUUUGCUUUGCGGCAAGUCCCGAGCAUGCAUUGCAGCACCCAUUUUUGCUGCCCCUCACCUCGUCCACUCAGCGUCGCCUACCCUUCACCACCCCCUGUUGUUCUUGUUUUUAUCUGUUGUUAUUUUUGUUUUUGUUUAAUUUAUUUUAUUUUUCAUCUUUGCCGCCGGGCGUCUCGCCUUUCGAAGCGCACCAACCCCAAUGCCAGCUGCGGGUAAGAGAGGCAGAGACUCCUACGCCUUCCCCUUUUCCCAACGCAGUGGCUCAAUUUUCGGACUCUCUGGUCGAUCUCGAAUCCACCGUUUCUCUUUCUUUCUUUUCGUUUUUAUUUAUGUAUUUCCACCCAACCAUUUUGUGGUUCCCCUUCUCAACAAUCGUCGUCCGAAACAGGCUCGGCCAGUUAGAGAUCCACACGGGGCCAGGUCUUGAAGAGUCGCAGCAAACCCCAAAUGGGUUGGCUGUUGAUAAGGGUUUCAAGAGCGCCCAUGGCGGGGCCCGUGGUUUGUCUUUUCUCCGUCUUGUAUCAAUUACGUUCUACCGGUAUCUGGACUCUGUGGCUUUCUUGGCAGGUUUAGCUUCUAUAUAUGGGUGCAUGAGCAAAGUUGCAUUGCCCUUGAUUGAAACGCCCCGGUAUCCAGUCGUGCAAAACACGGGGCAGGCGAGAGCGCCGCGCAAAUAGAGACAGGGAGCGGCGAGAGCGGCGAAGGGCAUCAUAUCAAAAAUUAGAACCUCUUGGAUAUGUCUUGUUUUAGAUCAUAGUACGACAAUCCCCAUCCUGGCCGCGAUAGCUACCCGCCCCCGUAGUAGAUGCGAGAGUGGGAGAGUCGAGACAAGCGCUCC